CUCGAGUGUAGGGGCCUGAUCUCAGCUCACUGCAACCUCUGCAUCCCGGGUUCAAACAAUUCUCCUGCCUCAGCCUCCCGAGUAGCUGGGAUUACAGGCACGUGCCACCAUGCCCAGCUAAUUUUUUGUAUUUUUAGUAGAGACGGGGUUUCACCAUGUUGA